CCACAUCUCUGCUCUGGGACAUCACAUCAGGAAAGCCUGAAGUGAUUCACUGAUGAGUCAACAGCUAUGAGCUAUAAAGCCACAGCACUGAUGGAGCCUAAGCAUGGCACAGCUCGCUCACCUAAAGGUAGGUGUUGUUCUCAAGGCACAAAACCACUCACACCCAAAAAAAAAGGCACUAUGGCUAUAUACCCUGUUCUUUUUUGCUCCUGUGUAAUGACGGUGCUCACGCUCGCACAUGGCCGUGGUCUUCCUACAGACAGCAUGAAAAACUCUGUCAAACUACAAGUCGAGAACAUUAUCUCCAGAAUCCAGAAACACAAAGAUGAGUUCCAAAUACUCCAUAAGAUGAUCCUGGAUAGUCCCGAGCUCUUGCCCGAGCUGCAGUCCGAUAAGCCCAUCGAUGGUCUGAGCUCCAUGGUGGACACGCUGAACAACUUCCAGCGAGUUCUUCACAGCCUGCCCAAGGGUCACAUGAGCCAACUUCACAGUGAUGUAAGCACACUGCAGCACUACCUGGAAGACCGGAUGAGCUCACUGCAGUGCACACACAGGAAAACAGGCACAGAGAAGAACCUGGAGGCCUUCCUGAAAAACCAUAGCAUGUACUACAUCACCCUGGGUCACAUCACUCUGGAUAGACUGCAGAAAUACUUACAGAGACUUAACCACAAUCUGGACCAGCUGAGAACUUGCUGAAAUGAAAGAUCCCUGUAUUGCUUUUUUAUUAUUCUAUUUUUGUUCGAUUUAUUUAUAUGAAUGUAUUUAUGAACCAAAUAACUAUUUCCUAUUUUAUUUUUUAUAUGUUUUAAGAUGUUAAAUUAAUGCAUUUGGGAACCAGACCAGACAUUCCCAUCAGGCUUCACGUUCACACAUGCAUGCACACAGACAUACACAUUAUACACGCUGACAUCACCACCAGCCAAGACAUCUCAGUGAUGUCACAGAGUUACCGGAAAACUCCUGACUGAUCAUGCUGGGAAGCACAAAUCCUCUUGCCCUCUUCUUAGCACCAGCAAUCACUAUGGAUCUGAAUGCAAUAUGAUCUUAUGUAUACUGUCAAUAGCUGAAUUUGAGAUGCUUAUUCGCAUCUCUAAAUUAUGUCAUGAACGUAAGGCAUUUAUUUCUUAUAUAUUCAUUGAAGUUCACUGAAAUAAAAAAUAAAAAAGCACAGUUCUCU